AUGGAUGGGAACACAAGAGGAGGAGGCGGACAUUCUGAAGCAUUAAAGAACUACAAUCUGGGCAGAACAUUAGGUAUUGGCUCAUUUGGAAAACUGAAGCUUGCAGAGCAUAAGCAUAAGCUUACAGGACACAAAGUUGCUAUAAAGAUCCUGAACCGCCGCCAAAUGGGAAUUAUGGAAAUGGAAGAGAAAGCAAAUAGAGAAAUCAAGAAAUUGAGGUUGUUCAUUGACUUAAUUCACCCUCAUAUCAUCCGGGUUUAUGAGGUCACUGGCACACCUAAGGAUAUAUUUGUUGUCAUGGAAUAA